UGUUAGGGUAGGAGGGAGGGGUGGUGCAGGUGCCUUGAUCCUGUUUAGACAAGGUUUGCAGCAAACUGCUGGUUCAGGUACACCUGGCGGCUGGGGACACUUAGCAAGGGACGGUGAGCUUGGGUGGCGAAUGGCACAGGUUUCUGGUAGUGCCUUAUGUCUGCAAUGAGUGAAAUAUGGAAACAAGAGAAUGCUCCCACACUGGGAGCAGAAGAAAGGAUCUUUCUGCAGCCAAAGCCACAGAGACCUUGGUCCAAAACCAGGAAGAACAUGACAGGAUGUUUGGGUUUCGUCAAACGCCAGCUCUUCCGGAUAGGAGACGACUGGUAUUUUCUCUUCAUUCUUGGUGUGUUGAUGGCUCUCAUUAGUUUUGCACUGGACUUCACAGUGGUCAAACUUCUCAAAGCUCAUCGGUGGCUCUUUGAGCAGUUGGAAGGCAGCAGUCUUCUCCAGUACAUCUCUUGGACUGUGUAUCCUAUUGUAAUGACCACAUUCUCCACCGGCUUCUCUCAAUGUGUGUCACCACAGUCAGGAGGUUCAGGCAUUCCAGAACUGAAGACCAUUCUAACUGGAGUACUUUUGGAGGAGUAUCUGACGAUGAAAAACUUUAGUGCAAAGGUGGUCGGUUUGACAUGUUCACUGGCUGCAGGAAGUACAAUAUUCUUGGGGAAAGUGGGUCCCUUUGUUCACAUCUCCAGCAUGAUUGCCACUUAUUUGGGAAGAAUUCGAACCACAGUUACUGGAGAUUAUGAGAAUAAGAACAAACGGUAUGAGAUGCUGGUGGCGGCAGCAGCAGUAGGGGUUGCAAGUUGCUUUGGUGCGCCCAUCAGUGGUGUGCUGUUCAGUGUGGAGGUGAUGUCCUCUCAUUUUGCGGUGCGUAACUAUUGGCGAGGCUUCUUUGCUGCUACCUGUGGGGCAUUCAUGUUUCGACUCCUUGCUGUGUUCAACAGUGAACAAGAAACUAUCAUUGCUCUUUUCAAGACAAAAUUCAGCAUUGACUUCCCAUUUGAUUUACCUGAAACAUUAAUCUUUAUCAUCUUGGGGAUUAUCUGUGGGAUACUGAGCUGUGUCUAUCUGUGCUGUCAGCGCUGGGUGGUAGGAUACAUCAGAAGAAAUGCUUUCAUCCUGAAGCUUGUGGCAGCAGAGAAGGCAGUGUACUCUGGACUUGUCACCUUACUGUUGGCAUCUAUCACCUUCCCUGGCAGUCUGGGUCAGUUCAUGGCAUGCAGACUCACUAUGAAGGAGCUUCUCUCCUCACUCUUCGAUCACCGGUCCUGGGGUGUGCUGUCCCAGAAUGCAACACUCAACAUCCAGGCAAGAGUAGAUCCAGACAAUCUCUGGAUUGAAUGGUGCCACCCAACCUUCACUUUUUUUGGCACGCUUCUCUUCUUCCUCUUCAUGAAGUUUUGGAUGCUGAUCCUUGCGACCACCAUGCCAAUGCCUGCUGGAUACUUCAUGCCUGUUCUUAUAUAUGGGGCUGUUAUUGGUCGCUUAGCUGGAGAAGUUAUGGCUCUUAUAUUUCCUAAUGGCAUCAAAUCUGAAGGAGUCCUGAACCCAAUAAUUCCUGGGGGGUAUGCCCUUGCAGGAGCAGCAGCGUUUUCUGGAGCUGUGACUCAUACGCUGUCCACAGCGCUGUUGGUCUUUGAGCUGACUGGGCAGAUGGAACAUUUCUUACCUGUUCUAUUGGCUGUACUUGUAGCAAACGCCAUAGCGCAGAAAUUCCAACCUUCCUUCUAUGACGGGACCAUCAUUGUGAAGAAGCUGCCAUAUUUACCCAGAAUCCGGAGCAGUGUGACUGGUGCUUAUGAUGUGACAGUGGAAGAGUUCAUGAACACCAAUAUCACAUGUUUGAACAAAAGAUUCAGCUACACUGAUAUCCUGCGACUGGUGACCUCGCGUUCUGAUGAUGUGUAUCCUGUUGUAGAGAAUGCAGAAUCCAUGGUGCUAGUGGGGUCAGUUCAAAGGAAUGAGGUUAUCAAACUACUUCAGGCUCACAGGAAAGAGGAGGACCAAAAGGAAAAAACACAUCAGAAAGAAGUGGAUAUAAAUAUUUGGGAAAAAUGCCACAUUGAUCCAGUAACU